CCUCCCCCAGAAAACUACAAAUCCCACAAUCCCGUGCGGCGUAAGUCGGUGUACCAAAUGGUGGAAGCCCCGGGGGUGGGGGGGGAUUUGUCGUGUGACACCGCAGAAAAAAAAGGUUCCGCUACAGGAGUCUUGAGUGAGACGGACAGGGGAGUCGAGGCGGUUGCAUUUUGGAUGAAAGAUGCAGUCUGUGCCGAUCAAAGAGGAGACAGAUGAUUGGGAACCGGUCCAUAUUAAAGAGGAGCUAUCAGAACCGGAGCCAGACCCACACCCUGCCCUCAUUAAAGAAGAGAUCCUUGAAUUUGAACCCGUCUGCAUUGGUAAGGAGGAGACUGCAGAACUGAACCCUUGCACCGUCAAAGACGAGUUUCAAAACAAUGCUGUUCCUGUUAAACUGGAAGCCCCCGAUCACGAAACUUUAGCGAACGAGGGAGCGUCGUACAAAGACGUAGCAACCCGGGAUGAUGUUGAAGAAGAGGAGGAAGAUGCCCAUUCCGAAAAGGCGAGCCCUGUCCACCGCUGCGGUGAAUGUGGAAAGAGUUUUACCCAGCCAGCUACCCUGAGGAGACACCAGCGCGUUCACACGGGCGAGAAACCAUACAGCUGUGGCGCGUGCGGGAAAAGCUUCCGCCAGUCGUGCCACCUGAAAUCCCACCAGCGCGUACACACAGGCGAGAAGCCCUACAGCUGCUCCGAAUGCGCGAAGAGCUUUGGCGGCUUGGGAGGACUCAAGAAACACCAGGGGACGCACGCUCAGAAAAAACCCACCUACGACUGUGGGGAGUGCGCGCUGAGCUUCACCAAACUGCGCCCGUACAAAGAACACCUGCAGAUCCACACCGGGCUGAGACUCUACAGCUGCCAGGAUUGUGGGAAAGGCUUUACUGAUUUGCGGCACUGCCAGACUCACCGGCGCCUCCACACUGGCCAGAAACCGUACAGCUGCGGCGAAUGCGGAAAGACUUUCAACGAAGCGGGGAAUCUCCGGAAACACCAGCGCGUUCACUCGGGGCUGAAGCCCUACUCCUGCUCCGAGUGCGGCCGGAGCUUCAGCGAAUUGGGGAAUCUGAAAACGCACCGCAGGGUCCACACGGGCGAGAAGCCUUACCGGUGCGGGGAAUGCGACAAGAGUUUCAGCCGGCUGCACCACUUCAAGGCUCACCAGCGAAUUCACACUGGGGAGAAACCGUACCACUGUGCCGAGUGCGGGGAGGAUUUCAAGUACCGGGCCAGCCUCAAAAUCCACCAGCAAGCCCACCUCGGGGAGAAGUUGUUCGUCUGCCAGUGCGGGAAAGGGUUCGGGCGUUUGCAGCACUUUCAGACCCAUCAAAGAAUUCACACGGGGGAGAAGCCAUUCGCCUGCCAGUGUGGGAGGCGCUUCAGCGAAUCGGGGAGCCUGAAGAUCCACCAGCGGGUUCACAGUGGCGCGAAGCCGUACGUCUGCGAGACCUGUGGCGCCAGCUUCCGGUAUUUGAAAAGCCUGAAAACGCACCGGCUCGUUCACACCGGCGAGAGGCCGUACCUCUGCGGCGACUGCGGGAAGAGCUUCAGCGACGUCGGUUGUCUGCAGAAGCACCGGCGCAUUCACACGGGGGUGAAACCGUAUGGCUGCAGCAACUGCGGGGAGAGCUUUCGGUAUCUGAAGAGCUUGAAAAGCCACGAGAAAAGCCACGGCAAAGAACCUCGUUGAAACGCCCGGGGCAGCACAGGGCUGCUGCCACUUCUGAAAAUGUCGUGCGAAAAUUUUUCUGUAGAAGCAGAUUGUGUUCAGCUUUGUUUCUUGUUGUCUUUUUUUGUUUUUAAUUCUUUAGCCUGUUUUUAAAAGGUAGACAAUUAUCUAGUCAGAGAAAUUUAGCGAGCAGAGUAUUCCCGAGCGAAAUUAUCCGACAGCUCCCCCUGUCCCCCAGCUGUGCUGCUUUCCUAGAAAAAGGGGAACAUUUUCGGGCUACCGUUCUACUUGCGGGACGUCCCCUUCGUUAAAAUAUUUUGCAUAUUUUGAAGGAGGAGACUGUUAUCUAUUCGGGGAGACCCUGGUAUUUCGCAAGUGAGGAGACAAGGCCAAUACAAUCCCCACCUCUAGUCUUGCUGGAAAUCUCCUGUUUCCACAAUUUGUGUCAGUAAUGUGUAUUGCAUAGAUUCAUUUAUUAUUAUUAUUAUUAUUAUUAUUGGAAAAUCAGUUUUAUUAACCCAACACUAAUGAAAUGACUGCUAAAGUACUGGCUUGGCACAGGGGGGGGGUGGCAGUUUCAAGUUCCACCUCCUUAUCUAACCCCCUUCGUAGUCACCGCUCCAGAAGAUUAUUCUGAACAGGUAUGACCAGUUCAGGCUGCGACCCAGAGGCCCACAAAUGUCCUGAAAACGCUGUAUACCAGUCCAGCUAACGCAGAGGGUCUUGAACCCUGGUCGUGGAGGGCCCAGCCAGCCAGCCAGCCAGGCUUAUAGAUAUCUUUACAUCAUCACUGGCUAAAAAGAUCUGGAACACCUGUUCAUCUCGACUAAUUAAGCCAAUAAUUGGUGCAAUUUAGGAAGAUUGGUUUGAAACAAAAUCUCCAGGAGCAGAGCGGGAGACACCAGAUACUGACUUGUCUUCUUCCCUGUGUCUUAGUACAUGUGUACCAAAUCUUGCUUCGACUGGCAUCUGCUUUAUUAAUUAUGUUUUUCUCCUGUCGUCUUUUCCUACACCAUGACAUUAAUAAAGCAUAAUCAAGCGUA